CCCUAAAGGUACUAAAAACACCUGAAUUUGCUUUUUUAUGGAUAAAUAUCCAGCUUGUAAAGUUGCAACAUCGAAAUUUUUGCAAAUGGUAGAAGUUGCAGUUCCUACCCGAGUUCAUAUCACGCCCUUUCUUUCUGUAAGCUCAUAUCUUCCCAUUUGUCGCAAAAUAGCGGUGACAAAAGUAGCAAGGAAGAUUUCUGGAGUUGUGGCAUCUUCUUCUUCAACUUUUUCUACUUCUUCUGGUUUUGGGUAUAAACAAAAGGUUGAUGAUGGGCAAGUCCUGUUGCCAAAGAAGACAAGCAAAAAAAGGGUGUUCUUUUUAGACGUUAAUCCUCUUUGUUAUGAAGGAAGCAAACCCAGCUUACAAUCUUUUGCUCAUUGGGUCUCCUUGUUUUUCAAUCAAGUUAGCCUCUCUGACCCUGUUAUUGCUGUCGUUGAUGGGGAAAGAGGAGGUGAACACCGCAGACAGUUAUUACCUUCAUAUAAAGCACAUAGGUGGAAGUUCUUGAGACAGUUUUCAAAGGGACAUGUUGGAAGGUCACAUGGAGUCAUCACAAAUGUUCUUAGAAAAUGCAAUGUGCCAGUCAUAAAAAUAGAAGGCCAUGAAGCUGACGAUGUUAUAGCCACACUUGUGGGGCAAGUUCUACAGUCAGGAUAUCGGGUGGUAAUUGCAUCUCCUGAUAAAGAUUUUAAGCAAUUGCUUUCAGAAGAUGUUCAACUUGUCAUUCCCCUGGAAGAGUUGGAACGCUGGUCCUUUUACACCCUUAAGCACUACAUGGCUCAGUAUAAUUGUGAUCCGUGCUGUGAUUUGAGCCUUAGGUGCAUUGUUGGUGAUCAGGCUGAUGGUGUUCCUGGGAUCCAACAUCUGGCUCCCGGUUUUGGUCAGAAGACUGCCCUAAAGCUCAUAAAAAAGCAUGGUUCGUUGGAAAAUCUACUAAAGACAGCUGCAGUCAGAACUGUGGGCAGACAGUAUGCUCAAGAUGCUCUUACAAAACAUGCUGAUUACCUAAGGAGGAACUACGAGAUUCUUUCCCUUAGGAGGGAUGUCGAUGUUCGACUUAGAGAGGAGUGGUUGGUUAAGAGAGACACAAGCAACGAUUCAAGAACGUUGUCUAACUUCUUUAAAUUCUUGGAAGAAACCCAAAAGUUCAGUCAUUAUAAUGUAUCUGUCUCAAAUGGCUAAGGUAAUCUUUUAGCUGUCUAUAUGACAAAUAAGUUAGAUGAUUUUCGGUUUUUGUUAUCAUUUUUUUUGGGCUCGUUCAAUUAUACUUUUUGAGACCGUUCCUACA